AUGGUGCGUCGAUCUCAGCCACCCUUACCCCCACCCCCACCUCCUCCUAGGUCAACAACAAAACCACUUUCUUCACAAAAUUUAGCACAUAUAUUAAAUGAAUCAAUCAAAUCUAAAAAGAAUAGUAUUACUGGAAAUAAUCAUAAUGCUUAUUGGUGGGAUGUUGCUCAUGUAACAAGUCGUCAUUAUGAACAAGAACAAAGUACAAAUAAAGAACGACGACUUACAUUUCGUCGUAUUGUUAAAAUAUGUGUUUAUAUUAUAAUCUUUUGUGUUGUUCUAACAUCGGCAGUAGUUAGUAAACUUAGUUUAUUCACAAUGAUUAAUGCAUACAAAACUCGUGAACAGCCUAAAACAUAUAUUAUUCGAUGGCAAAUACUUCUAAUUAUUGCUAUGAGUGUACCGUAUCUAUUAACAUUUAUGCACAGUGUUCAAUUAUCGGUUUUUUGUAUAAAACAUUCUCCACCAUUUUUUCUUGCUCUAUGGGUUCAUAUUGUUGAAGCAUGUCAUACAGCUGGUUUAUCAUUACUUGUCUUUCAUAUUUUACCUUCAAUAGAUAAUGUAACUAGUUUAUUUAUAUUAAAUGGUGUAUGUAUAAUACCUGCAAUAUUAAAUAUUUUUUCUUCUCAUCGUGGUCUUAAUCGAACAUUGAAAGUGUUAACAUUUUUAACUGAUAUAGCAUCUUUUAUUAUGCAAUUAACUGUUUGUUUUAUUCCAUAUAUCCUUUCAGCUAAGGAAGAACUCUCUAAUGAAUUUCAAUGGCAAUUACCAUUAGCACUUUUUCUUAUAUCACUUGGUUAUUGGGAAAGUUUUAUUGAAACACGAAUAUCAAAACAAUGUCUUUUUAAAUGGUUUCAAAAUGGUAUAAGAGCAUUAAGAAAAACUCGUCCAAAAAUUUAUAUCACAGCAAGUCUUUUAAAAAUAUUUGUAUUAAUAACAACAGCUAUUUAUUUUUUACCAAAAUCAAUUGAUAGAAAAUUGUAUUUAUCUAUUUUUGAACAAACACCAAUUGGUUAUAGUGAUAGAAAUUCAAGUCGAGUACUUGGUGGAGGUCGUUUUGAUGAACAUGAAGAUCUUUUUCGUAUUGCAUAUGAAGUUUAUAUACCAUUGAUGAUACAAAUACUUUCAUCAUGUAUUUGUUAUUAUACUGGACGUAUUGCAUGUAAAGUAUUAAUGCAAAGCUUUGGUUUUUCGUUACCAUUAACAUUAUCGACAUUAAUAGCUUAUAUAAUAUUAUUUUUUGUUCAAGGUUUUAAAAAUAGAAAAGAUAUUAUUGCUAUUGGCCAUCUGUUUUAUCUUGAUAAACCACAAGCACUUGGUUCCAAACUUUUAAUUAUUUCUUUAAUUGGAUUUUUACUUUUAUGGUUAUCAAGAAUGAAAAUAACAAGUCAUGUUUGGUUUCCAACAACCGAACGAUUAGCGAUGAUUUAUAAAUUAUUUGUUCUUCCUUAUUAUGAAUCGGCUAUUGUUGAACAAAAUUUAUUACUUAAUAAACAACAAAAAGAUGAAAUAGAAUUGAAAGAUCAAAUCGAACCUGAUUUAACACUUGCAAGAAAAUUUCCUGUACCAAUGAUUUAUGUAUGUGCAACAAUGUGGCAUGAAACAACAAGUGAAAUGGUUCAAUUACUUAAAUCAAUCUUUCGACUUGAUUCUGAUCAACAUGCUCGUCGAACAGUGCAAAAAAAUUUACGUAUUCUUGAUCCAGAUUAUUAUCGAUUUGAAACACAUAUUUUAUUUGAUGAUGCAUUUGAAGAUGAUGAAAAUGGUAAUCGUGUACCAAACCGUUAUGUUAGACAAUUAGUACCUGCUGUUAAUGUUGCUGGAGCAUAUGUUCAUGGUGUAGAAAAAAUUGUUGAAGAUCCAAUUAAAAUUCCAACGCCUUAUGGUGGACGUCUUGUUUGGUUAUUACCAGGAAAAAAUCGUUUAAUUGUUCAUAUGAAAGAUAAAAAUUCAAUUCGACAUAAAAAACGAUGGAGUCAAGUUAUGUAUAUGUAUUAUUUACUUUCAUUUAAAUUAUUACGUCGUAAACAAAGUGGACAUAAUGUAUCACAACAUACAGCAAGAUCAGAUACAGAAUUUAUUGGAUUUAGCGAAUUUUUAAGAACACUUGAUGGAGAUGUUGAUUUUAAACCUGAAGCUGUUCUUUUAUUAGUUGAUCGUAUGCGUAAAAAUCCAAAAGUAGCAGCAGCUUGUGGUCGAAUUCACCCGACAGGCGAUGGACCUAUUGUUUGGUAUCAACAAUUUGAAUAUGCAGUUGGUCAUUGGCUUCAAAAAGCUGCUGAACAUAAAUUAGGCAGUGUUCUUUGUUGUCCUGGUUGUUUUUCACUUUUUCGUGGCUCAUCAUUAAUGGAUGAUAAUGUUAUGCGACGUUAUGCAGAUAAAUCAACUGAAGCAGCACACUAUGUACAAUAUGAUCAAGGUAAAAGACAGGAGAUCGAUAACUUUUGA